GAGCGAGUAACUGAACUGAACCCCGGGAGAGGAAGGAGCAGAAGAGGGAAAGAGGGCCGCUGCCCUGAAGGAGGAGCUGAGCAGACGGAGCUCCUCUGCUCUGAUGCUGGCGGGGGAACAGCAGAGGCUGGCAGCACAGCUCGCCCUCCGGAGCGGGGAGCCCACGUCCUGACCACGGGAGAGGGGCGGGAGGCGGGCAGACCGGGCGGCCAUGGCGAAGCUCACCCACGAGGACGGCCAAAACCGCCAGCUCCGACAAAAGCUGGCGGCACUCAGCCGCCAGAUGGACGAGCUGGAGGAGGCCGGCAGGGCUUUACAGAGGGCGGAGGAGGAGCUGCAGGGCCUGUGCGACGCCAUCAGCCGGGGGGAGCACGGGGACUCGGGGCUCGAGGCGGAGGCGGAGGAGCUGCGGAGGCGCGUGCGGGAGCUGGGCGGGAAGGACCAGGAGCUCCAGAGGCUGGAGGAGCAGUGCGGGGACCUCCGCGGGAGGCUGGGCGAGGAAGCGGCACGCGGCCGAGGCCUGGCGGCUGAGCUGGAGGAGCUCGGCAGGAGGGUGGCGUCUCUGGAGCAGCUGGAGGAUGCGUUGAGCAGGAGCAGACAGGAAUGCUGCUCUCUGCAGUGCAGCCUGGAGAGAGAGAGGGGGGCUGCGAGGCUCCAGUCUCAGGAGCUGGAGAGCCUGAAGGAGAGAAUCAGAGAGCUGGAAGCCGUGGAGAGCAGGCUGGAGAAGACGGAACUCUCCCUGCAAGAGGACUUCACCAAACUGAAGACGCUGACUGUGAUGCUCGUGGACGAACGCUCGGCCAUGGGGCAGAAGCUGAAGCAGACGGAAGACAGACUCCAAGCGGAGCAGAACCGAGCGGCAGCCGCGGCCGAGAAGCUCAUGGAGGAAACUCGAAAGGCAGUGAAGGCCAGAGCGGAUGUGGAAGACAGAAUGUCCAGGGUCGCCAAGGAGAGAGAUGAUCUGAGAAGCAAACUCAAAGUGGAAGAAGAGAGAGGACAGGAUCUCCUGUCCAAAGUGAAUACGCUGAAAACCAGGCUUCAGUCUUUGGAAGGGGUUGAGAAGGAUUCCCUUAAAAACAGACGAAGCCAAGAUCCUAGUAAGUCCACAACAGCGUUACACCAAGAAAACAAUAAGAUCAAAGAGCUUUCUCAAGAAGUGGAGAGACUGAGACUGAGGCUGAAGGAUAUGAAAGCCAUUGAGGACGACCUCAUGAAAACAGAGGAUGAGUACGAGAUUCUAGAACAGAAAUAUGUCAGCGAGAAAGACAGGACUCAGUUUUUAACUAAAGAGCUGAAGCACGUUAAGAUGGAGCUUGCGAAAUAUAAACUAGCAGCAAAGACAGAACCCAGCCAGGAGCAGUGGCUUUUCAAAAGGCUUCAGGAAGAGGAAGCCAGGUCAGGGCAUCUCUCCAGAGGACUGGAGGCACUGAAAGGGCAAGGCGGUGCGCACAUGACGGCCGAGGCCCUGGCGUGCCACCCCCAGGGAGGCCACUUGGUUCUGCAGAGGAAGCUCAGUCAGCAAGAAGACGGGAGCAGGGAUUCAGGGAGAGAGACGGAAAGCCUCUCCAAGGAGCUAGAGAGGAACAAGCAUUUCAGUAAGAGCCUCCGGCCUGGCCGCAAUGGGAGAAGAGUCUCCGACCCACUGCUGCUUUCCAGAGGAGUUCAGAGGGAAGCCGGAGACAACGAGCCUCCCGAUUACAAGAGUCUCAUCCCACCGGCAAGGGCAGCGGUCCCCAAUGGGCGGCUACGGGAAGAGAGUGAGGACCAGGGCGAGCCCAGCGAUGAGGACGCCCUGCUGUCCUUCCAGGGCGGCCCCCCUGCCCCCUGCCCCGUUACCAGGAAACUAUGGACUCCUUGGGUGAACUUCAAGGAGGGCCAUGCUCAGAAUGGGAGUGUACCGAGUAAGCCCAAUGGUAAUUUCGGGCUGCCUGCAGACGUGGUCCUCAGCCACGUCCCCGGACAGCCGCUUCACAUCAAGGUCACUCCAGACCAUGCCCAGAACACAGCCACUCUUGAGAUCACAAGUCCAAGCACGGACAGCCCUCACUCGUACACCAGCACCGCAGUGAUACCCAACUGUGGAGCACCAAAGCCAAGGGUGACCAUCCUCCAGAACGCCUCCAUCAGCUCCGUCAAGCCCCAACCCUCUGCCGAGGGCCUGGGGAGUCCGGAGCGCGGUAUGUCCCCGGCGUCUGUGGCAGCCUUUGCCAGGGCGCAGACCCCAGAGUCUGGUGGCUCCCUGACUCCAGAAAGGACGAUCUCACCCAUCCAGGUCCUGGCUGCUGCUGGUUCAGCCAGCUCUCCUGAGCAAGGACGCUCCCCAGAGCCGAGAGAAGUCUGUGCCAAGCACGCCAUCUUCAGGGUCUCUCCAGACCGGCAGCCACCGUGGCAGUUUCAGCGUUCAAACAGCAGUAACUCCAGUGUGAUAACUACUGAGGAUAAUAAAAUCCACAUUCACUUAGGAAGUUCUUACGUGCAUGCGGUAGCCAGCCCCGUGAGGCCUGCCAGCCCUUCAACACCACAGCAGGAGAACCGAACUCAAGGCUUGAUGAACGGGGUGCUGAGCAGAGCCACCGGUAAGGUGACCAGCAGUAUCACCAUCACACCAGCAGUCACGCCUCUUCCCCGACAGUCACAGAUCACAGUAAGUAACAUCUACAACUGACGGCCCUCACCCUCGCCCCUUCAGGCUGACUUUCAGUCCUCCUGGUAAGUCCUCCCAGAAGACUGGAUGAACGUGGACCUUGGGGACUUUGUGCAUGAACUGUCCAGGAGAAAUUGGAGCUAGCGGUCGCCCGCCCGCCUGCCUGCCUGCCUGGCCAUACCAAGUGUGCACUUACUGUUCUGUUUGCCUUUUCCUGCCCGUGCCUGUAGGGGAAUACACAGCCGCACUUGUACGAAUGCAUCUGUGCAUCUGUGUGGGUCUGAUUUUCCAUAACUCACAUUAAUUGGAAUGCAACUUGUCGUGGUGGAUAGUUUAACCUUAUAAAGCAGUAAAUGAUUGGUUAUUUUUACCACUGCUUGCUGAAUUUUCUUUUAGUCAUCUUGUAUUAUAUAUAUUUUUUGCAUGUUCAAUAGAAUUUUGUUUCCUGUU